UGAAGAAAGUAGAUGUCACCACGUGCUGCGAAUCUUUGUGGAUGUUUCUCUCUGAUAGACGAUAGAGAGAGAGUAAAUCCAACCAUAGAAACGUCUUCGUUGUCCUCGUGGUCGUCAUCGUCGUCGUCGUUUUUGCUGUUUCUCAUUCUUCGUCGUGGAGUGAAAAAUGGCAUCGCUCACGUGCGCUCGUAUGUUGGCGAGGAGUGCCGGCUGCCUCAGGAACUCGAUCAGCGGCCGGCUGCGUUGUGCGAGCACCACGUUUAUUCAGAUACAACGCGAGCAGAGGCUGUCGCACAGCACCGGACAAACCGCGUUCGUCGUCGCACAGGGCUUAAAGGACACACGCAUCAAGCAGGUGCGCCACUACAGCCAUAAGGAUCCGCUAACCCUUGACAUUAUCAGUCAGCGGGUGCUCUUAGUUCUGAAACUUUAUGACAAAGUUGAACUCGCGAAGCUGAGCUUGGAGUCACAUUUCAUCGACGAUCUAGGUCUAGAUUCUCUGGAUCAUGUGGAAAUUAUAAUGGCGAUGGAAGACGAAUUUGGUUUCGAGAUUCCAGACAUGGAUGCGCAGAGACUAUUAAGACCUAGAGAUGUAGUGCGUUAUAUCGCGGACAAAGAAGACGUGUACGAAUAACACGCCUUACAUUCGUAUAAAUGCGUUUAGUCAACAUCUGCUGUUCUUUCGACUGGAAAUAACAGAUCAACGUCUUUGUUGCUGUCAUUAUUUUUUUCUGUAUAUAGACAAACCAUCAUAAUGUGAAUAAAACUUAAGCGUAUUGUUAGAUCGAA